UGACGUCACAAAAUCAACGAAGCAACAACCGGAAGUGCGGUGGGGUCAGCCCGCUCGUCGAAACAUUCUUGUCUGACGUCACCAUGGAGCGUUAGCGGCUGAUGACGUCUUGUGAUUUAGGGCUAUAUAAAUAAACAUUGAUUGAUUGAUUGAUUGAUUUUCUGAUUAGCAAACACGUCGGUGGUUAGCUUAGCUAGCAUGGCGUCCUCAGCGGUAGUCCGAGCCGCCGGCCCCGCGGGAAGGCCGCCGCUUCGCCCGCCUCUGCCCGCCGGCGUCAUGGUGGAGUCCGUGGACGACGCGGAGGGUCUGUAUGUGGCGGUGGAGCGGUGCCCGCUGUGCAGUACGUCCCGCCGCAGGCUGACGUGCGCCCGCUGUGUCCAGGCCGGAGACUUCGCGUACCUGGACGGCAGCAACGCCGAAAGGUACGCCGACAAGAUGGCGAGGCUAAGGACGCUGAAAGAGGAGGAGCAGCGGCUGCAGCAGAGCGUGGUCGGCGCCAUGCGCGGGAAGCUGCAAGCUGACGAGACGUGGAAGAUGAUGGCGAGCGGCGUGAAGAUGCGGCAGUUGCAGGAGGCGCUGGCGUGCGCUCGCGAGGAGGUGAAAAGCGACAAAGAGCUGCUGCUGCGCUCCCAGGACGAGCGCCAGCGUUUGCAGCGGCGCGCCGGGCGCCAUCAGCUCAAGCAGGACAAGAUUGACCGCCACAAUCGCCGCCUGGGCGAGCUUCUGGAGCGCCGCAAGCACGAGCUGCACGAGCGCCUGGGUCAGCUGGCGGCGCUACGACGGGAUCACAUCGUGGAGCUGAUGGCGUACAUCUUCCCCGCACGCGAAGAGAAAGCGUGCAGCAGAGACCCCGCCGACGUGGCGGCCGACUGCGACGCCGCCUUGACGUCCAGCACAGUCAGCGAGCUGGCCGAGGCGCGCAGAACGACCUACCUGUCGGGGCGUUGGGUCUGGGACGACCAGAACGGCGAGACCAGCAUCAGCAUCACAGGCCCCGCCGUCACGCUGCCGAGCAACGGAGACUGCUCCGCCUACUACAGCUGGGUGGAAGAGAAGAGUACCAACCAGGGUCCAGAACUGGACCACAUCAACCCCGCCCACACCAUCAGCGCCGCGCUGUGCUAUGCCACCCAGUUGGUCACCAUCUUGUCGCACAUUCUGGACGUCAACCUGCCCAAGAAGCUGUGCAACAGCGAAUUUUGCGACGACAACCUGAGUCGGUACCGCUUCACCCGGGCCCUGAACAAACUCAACACCAACCUGCUGCACCUGUGCUUCUCUCAGCACGUGGACAGUGACAAGCUCCACCCCCACCACACCUUGCGCAACAUCAUGUUCCUGGUCUCCCCCGACAACGCCGACCUGGGCAGGACGGGUCCCUUCGAGGUGAGCGCUGACCUGGAGGAGUCCAUGGAGUUUGUGGAGCCCGAAGCUUCCGGACCCACAGAGGAUAGCGCGGAUGAGGCAGUGACUGACGAAGAGACGGAUCUUGGCACCGACUGGGAGACGGUUCCCAGUCCGCGCUUCUGUGACAUCCCGUCACAGCCUAUGGAUCUUUCCCAGAGUGCACUGCAGGUGUCCCAGCCGUCCAUCAACACAGGAGGUAUGAUCUCAUCUGCCGCUGCCUCCGUCACAUCCUGGUUCCGAGCUUACACGGGUCAGCGCUGACCUCACAUGGACAACUCAGUCCUCUUCUCUUGCCUGCCGCCACGCACGCACAUCCGUUGCACCGGAGAGACGCCGGUUGCCAUGGCGACGGGGAGGCCCGGUCGCAGGCCCAGCAAUGACACUGACACGCCUCUAAAGGGGCGGAGCUGCAAAGGUGAAAUAAACAAUGUUUUUCAUGGAUUUGAACUUGCAGUACAAGUAGUGAGAGUAUAUCACAAAUACUUUGUCAGAGUGGAAUCAAUCCAACCUUUACCUGAACGUUACCUGCAAGGUGUCUUACCAGACGUGUACCACUAUUACAUGCCAACUACAGCCAGCUGGGGACACUGUUCUGCCAACAAAGUCCUGAUAAAGCUCACAUUGUCAAAGAUUUUCACCAAACAUCUUUGAAAGUGGACUAUUUGUUGUGAACUCAUUUGGAGCCUUGAAGGAGAACUGCACUUUUUUUUGGAAUGUUCACAAUCAUUAUAAAAGACAUGACAACGGAGGGAUUUUUGUUUUGAAUGCAUUCUAAAUACUACAUUAGAAAAUUAUCUGCUAUCUGUGCCCUGGACCUUUGACCGGGGGUCAGUGGACGGCGCCAAGUGUCCAAAUCUGUGAGUUUUAGGUGUAACCAUACAAAAUGAACUAAAUAGCUAGCCUAAAAUUUUAGCAUGCUAAUAAGAGAGGUUGUCAUACUUCCGAGAAAGCGGCAAGUAUCAUAAAUCAUGAUUUUUAGGUUUAAACACUCAACAUUAGUAAAAAAAAAAAAAAAGCUAACUAAAAACGUUAGCAUUCUAAUAUUGGCAUGCUAAUAUAAGAGAAGUUAGCAUACUUCCAAGACGGCGCCAAGUAUCAAAAAUCAUGAUUUUUAGGUUUAAACACUCAACAAUAGUGAAAAAGCUAACUAAAAACGUUACCAUGCUAAUACUGGCGUGCUAAUAUAAGAGUAGUUGGCUGUUGGCAUACUUCCAAGAUCGAGUCAG